AUGGCUCUGAAUACCGAGACUACGAGCAACCGUGUCUCGAUCGUCUCUCAGAAUGAGAAACAGCCCGAGAAGUUCAGUCAUACUGAGCGUCUUGGUGAACUCUCUGAAGAGGAUCGCGCAUAUGUUGAAGGCUUUUCCGAGGAUGCUAAGAAAAAGGCUCUGAGGAAGGUGAGAUGCUACCCGGAACGGAAGACGAUAAGGAAAAAAACGGUAUGCUAACAAGUGAGCAAACCAGGUGGAUAUUCGCCUCAUCCCUAUGCUCACUUUUCUGUACUUGAUCUCCUUUCUCGACCGAGCCAAUAUUGGUAUGUAACGUGAAAAGCAUUUCAACGUCCAUCAAACUGCAACAGCGAAAGUAUCUGACAUCGUUUCGAUUCUGGGGAAUGCGAAGAUCGAAGGAUUGAUGGAAGACCCCAAACUCGACGGAACAAAGUACAAUAUCGCUCUGUCUAUUUUCUUUGUCCCAUAUGUUCUGCUAGGUAUGGAUAAUUAUCAGUGCAUGUUUGGGAAGAUAAAUCUAACCAUACGGGUUCGAUUAGAGGUUCCCAGCAACACGCUCCUGCUCAAGUUCAAACGUCCUUCCACCUAUCUCGCGAUAUUAGUUACCACUUGGGGUGUUAUGAUCACCUUAACCGGGAUCGUUCAGAAUUUCGCUGGCCUCGUGGUUUGUCGAUUCCUCUUGGGAGUCUUUGAGUAAGCAGCCAAGAAUAAGAGUCCAUUCAUCACAUACACGGAGUUAAGUGUUAACGAAUUUUCGCUUCUCAACAGGUCUGGUUUUUUCCCCGGUGCCGUGUACCUCAUCUCAAGAUGGUAUCUCCCCCACGAGUCGCAAGCCCGCAUCGCACUCUUCUACACAGCAAGUGCCCUCGCUGGUGCUUUCUCUGGCCUUCUGGCAUUCGGAAUUGCCAAGUUAGACGGCCUAGGAGGCUUGGAAGGAUGGCGAUGGAUCUUCAUUUUGGAGGGAAUCGCUUCCGUUAUCGCCGGCAUCAUGACCUUCUUCUUCCUCAUCGAUACGCCCACCCUAUCGCCAUGGCUCACACCGGAUGAGAAGAAAUACCUUGAUCUCCGACAGCUAGCCGUGCAGGGCAAUAGCAUGCGGGUCAGAGAGGCAGAGAAGAGUCGAAAGUGGGAGAUCCUCCGCUCCGUCUUGACCGACUGGCAGAUCUACCUUCAAGCUCUUUUAUACUGGUCAAACACGGUGCCAAAUUACGGCAUGAAGUUCACGAUACCCCAGAAAUGCGCUGCUUCUCAAGAUCCCAUCAUACGUCCUAGGCGCCAUCUCAGCAUAUGUCUCUGCCGUAUUCUCCGACAAAUUCAAGUGGAGGAUGCCCUUCACCGUCGGAGCCCAGUUGCUGGUUGUGAUCUCGUUUUCUAUCCUGUUUUCUCUUUCGGCCAAAGUCAAGGACAACACAAAAGUGUGCUACUUCGCCAUCUUUCUCUGCUCCGUCGGUUUCUACCCCAUCAACCCCGGUGGCAGCGCAUGGACCAUUGGAAACCUCGCUGGGCCGACCAAGCGCGCACAGGGUAUUGCGUUCAUGAUUUGUCUCGGGAAUAUCGGCGGUAUCAUUGGAAGCUAUAUUUAUAUCGAAGACGAGAAACCAACCUAUCCCACUGGCUUUGGAGCAUCUCUUGCCUUCGCUGGGCUUGGUAUUGAUUCUUGUCUUAUUCUCGAGUUUGUCUAUCGGAAUAUUAACCGAAAAGAGGUCACAGAUGACCGAGGAGAAAAUCAGGGCCAAGCAUACUGA